CAAACUUUAGGCAAAGCAAGCCUAAUACCUUAAGUCCCUUAUUAGCCUAUUUUAAAGUCUUUCUGAUGAAUUAUGCCAUGAUUUAUGAAGAAUUUGAUUAAUUGGGUGAUGCUUGCUUUGCUUUCAGGCUGGUACUUGAUUGCACAGAUCAUCCAGGUCUAAGAGAUCAAAACAAACAUCUCUGAAAGAUGGCGCCCUGGUUUUCUUUGCAUUUAUUGGUCAUAAUCUGGUGCAUUAUGACCAUAAGUGGUGAAACAAGCAAGCCAAACAUUAUCUUGAUUCUAGCUGAUGAUCUUGGCUGGAAUGAUGUCAGUUUCCAUGGUUCUAAUCAGAUCCCUACACCAAACAUUGAUGCACUCGCCUACAGUGGUAUAAUUCUGAAUAACUAUUAUGUGCAGCCGAUAUGUACACCAACCAGGAGUGCGUUACUCACUGGGAGAUAUCCUAUUCACACUGGGCUACAACAUAGCGUUUUAGUUGGCUCUGCUCCAUAUGGACUUGCAUUGGAUGAGAUGGUUCUCCCACAAUACCUCAAAGCCCAAGGCUAUAGGAAUCAUAUGGUUGGGAAGUGGCAUCUAGGCUUUCAUUCCUGGGAGUAUACUCCAACAUACCGAGGUUUUGAAUCACAUUUGGGUUACUACCAAGGCAUGGAGGACUACUUUGAUCAUACAUACGACCCAGGAAAUGGGGAUCCUAGAUACUGGGGCCUUGAUUUUAGACGCGAUAAGGAACUUUUGAAAGAUAAACUUGGGGAGUAUUCAACAGAGCUUUUUACUAAGGAAGCUGAGUCUAUAAUCAAUGCGCAUAACGCUAGCGAGCCUCUUUUUAUGUAUCUCCCCCAUCAGGCAGUUCACAGUGGGAAUACAAUUACUCCACUUGAAGCCCCUAAGAAAUAUACUGAUAAGCUUGGACAUAUUCAGAAUGAAAACAGGCGGCUUUUUGGAGGGAUGUUAUCUGCAUUAGAUGAUUCAAUCGGAAAUGUAACAAAAGCACUCAAUGCCCGUGGUAUGCUUGAAAACACCCUUAUUAUCUUUUCAACGGAUAAUGGCGGCCCUGCAAAUGGAUUUGACAGGAAUGCUGCAUCUAAUUGGCCUCUACGGGGUACAAAGGCUCAACUUUGGGAGGGUGGUGUUAGAGGAACUGGCUUUGUAUGGAGUCCUUUAUUCAAGAAACAGGGAUAUGUCUCUGAACAACUUGUCCAUGUAACUGAUUGGCUGCCAACAAUUCUCCAUGCAGCUGGUGUUGACACUCAUGCCCCAAAGCCCAUAGAUGGCGUUGAUCAAUUUGAUUCAUUAUCCAACAAUGGAGUGUCUGCCAGGAAGGAAAUAUUGCUCAAUAUUGAUCCACUGACAAAAACAUAUGCCAUGAGGAUUGGAGACUUUAAACUGAUAUCUGGUGAGAUGUAUAAUGGAAAAUGGAGUGGUUGGUAUCCACCUUAUCAGCUUCCAAAGGAUUCCAUUUCCUUUGACCCCGUUUCAUUGACCUUUGAUGACAAUGUCAAGGAGAAUGAAGUUUCAUUUAUGCAACAGCCUCGUGAUCCAGAACUCUAUAACAAUGACCUUGCAGAUAUUCUCGCUCAGUACACUAACAUUCCAACUAUGAAACAAGCUCCAGUAAAAGUGGACUGUGGUCCCAAACCAAGCAAUGCCUCAACUAACUGUAAACCCACAGUUGCCCCAUGUUUGUACAACGUGGCUAUUGAUCCUUGCGAAUACAACAACAUAGCAGAGAGUCAUCCGGACAUAGUGAAACAACUUCUAGCAAGGGUUCAGUCAUACAAUGCAACCAUGGUAGCUCCCAGGAACAAACCUCAGGACCCGGCUGGAUUCCCUGACAAACAUGAUUGGGCAUGGGUUCCAUGGAUUAACAUCACUGAGAACCAAAAUAAUUGAAUGCCUAUAGAUUGUUACAUGCUAUAAGAUAUGUUAGAAAUUCAACAUCUUUAAAACUCAACAUUCUUGCCAAGAAAUAUUGGAUUUUACUGCCUGGUGUUGCAUGCAGUAUUUUUCCAUUUCAAUAGUUUAUUGAUUUUCAAAGAACAUUUAGGAAAGUUUGUAAUUAAUGAACAGCUGUAAAAUGAAUUAAACAUUUUGAUGUGGCAUUAAAAGGACAAAGAGAAUCAGAUGCUACAAACAAUAUAUCUUAUAAACAUGUGAAUAUAUCUUAUAAACAUGUGAAUAUAUCUUAUAAACAUGUGAAAUUCACAUGUGAAUAUAUCUUAUAAACAUGUGAAUAUAUCUUAUAAACAUGUGAAAUUCACAUGUGAAUAUAUCUUAUAAACAUGUGAAUAUAUCUUAUAAACAUGUGAAAUUCACAUGUGAAUAUAUCUUACAAACAUGUGAAUAUAUCUUACAAACAUGUGAAUGAGUUUCUACAGACCUGAGGUUACUUUUUAUGUCACCACCAAAAGUAGUGACAUAUUGUUAUGGUCUCCAACUUUUUUGUGAUGACAGUUGGCAUUGUGAGCUUUCGGUGUUUGUAAGAAAUGGUAGGUAGUGACAUUGUUCAUGUUUAGCAUGCAUCUGUGAAAACUGAUAGAUGGAUUAGGCCAUAGCCAAGGGGGAUUCGAUGGGUUCGAGCAAAAUCAUGCGUUUUUUUCAACAUUCUGAGCAUUUUUUAAGUGAUUUUUGGACCAAAAUUGUCACUAGUUAAUCCCCCCUGGAAUUUUUCAAAAAGUGAACCCUCCUUUGGCAAAUCCUAGCUACGGACCUGUGGUUUUAAAAAACAACAUACUUGUAUUAUAGUCAAUGGUGGUUUGAAUUUAUAUUAAUUAAACAACUGAGUGCUAUACAGAUAUGUGCAUUAAGAAGAAAAACACACAAAUAUACAGCACAAAUGUUAUUCUAUGCAGCACAAAUUUUUACCCUCAAAAUAAAGAUAC